GGCUGCAGGGCUGGGCGCUGCUGUGGAGCCGCGCCGGCAUGGGGCUGGCGCAGCUCGCCCCCACGGCUCCGCCGGCACCGGCAUGUUCAGAGUUUUCCCAGCGCUCCUGUGAAGAAUGUCUAAAGAAUGUUGCGUGCCUUUGGUGUUACACCAACAACACGUGUAUUGAUUACCCUGUGAGAAGCAUUCUUCCACCAUCUUCAUUGUGUUCCCUCUCCAAUGCUCGAUGGGGAGUUUGCUGGAUUAACUUUGAGGCUUUAAUUAUUGCCAUAGCUGUAGUAGCUGGACUCAUUCUGGUGUCCAUAACAGUCUGUUGCUGUUACUGCUGUUACUGCAGAAGGCGUUCCAGGAGUAGACCAGAUGAAGAAGAAGAACGGCUAGCUAGAAAGAGAGAGGAACAAAGACUACAGUCUCUUCAGAGGAAACAUGAAAGAAAAAUGAAGCAUGAUGAAAUACGUAAGAAGUAUGGUCUUCUCCAGGAUUCUGAUAAUCCAUACAGCAGACUUGAAAAUGAAUAAAUCUGAGGACGUUCCACUAGAGCUGUAAUUGCAGAAUACAGAAAGAUAGUUUGUCUUUAUUUGCCUUUUGCUUGUUUUUUCCCCAAAGAUAUUUUUUCCGCAUUGUAAAACUAUGAGUGGGUAAAGACUUCAUGAAAUAAAUGUUUCUAUCUUCUUCUACCUAUAUAGAACUAAUUUUUCAUAAAUGCUUUUUUAGUUGUUGAAAUAUCUGCUGAUAUUUUUUUUUCACGGUGAUGUUUAAGUGUAAAGCAGUAUCAUUCCUUCUCUUAAAACUGUAUUUUGUUACUUGAUGUAGAUGGCAAGUCACAAUCAUACGUUUGAAUUCAGUAUUAACUGCCACUUAAACAGUUAUUCCCAUGUUCCUGAGUAAAGAUUUUUUUUUCCUAGUUUAUCUUCUUUUAUAAAAAUAGAAAGCAAUAUGGAAGCACAGUUUCACACAGCUGAAAUAACUGAUGUUGCUAUUGAUGAGAAAAUACACCAGGGAAAUUUUUAUGUACUACUAGAAUGUGAGAAUUGGGUGGAAAAAAAGAUCUUCAAGACUGUUAAGUCUAAGGGUUAAUGGGGUCUUUGAAACAUUUAACUCAGUUGUGGAAAUGUUGAUAUGUACUUUGUGUAUAUCACUGAUGUCAGAAAUUACUUCAGUUACCAAAUUUGGAAGAAGGUCAUUUUUGAAAUAAAUAUUGUUAUGUGUGCCUAAACUUAAGAAGAAAUAUCAGCCUGUGUGAACAAUUUUUACUAAAAAACAACCAACGACCCACCAAAAACUCACUGUAGGGAUUGUGCAGUUGAGCAGGCUCCCCUGGCCCGCAGGGAAGCACCACCCGGCUGCGUGUUCCCUCUCCCUGCGCUGGGACGAGGGGGAUAAUGGGAACAGCAGAAGCAGGAGAACUCCUGAGCUGUGAUACAGACAAUUUAAUGUGGGAAGAAGAGGAGGGCAGGGGGAAUAAGACAUGCUGAGACAGUUGUCACCUGCUGGAAGCAGACCUCUGCCCACCCUCCCCAUAGCUGUUGUUGCUGAGCGUGAUCUUGCACGGCCCUUUGGCCAGCUGUAGCUGUCCCAGCUCCCUCCCCUCCCCGUGCUGGCGUGGGCAGUGGGGAGACGUGCAGCCCUGGUGCUGUGCAGGCGAUGCUCCAGGAAAGCCAAGGCACUGAUGUGUUACCAGUUCUGCUCCAGCCACAAAUCCAAAGCAAAGCACCUUGUGGGCUGCCAUGACGAAAGCUAUCUCCAUGCCAGCCAAACCUAGUACAUACAGUAAGUAAGCAGUGAUUUAUUUUUUUUAGCUUUUAUUGUUGGGUUUCUAUUUCCUCUGCCUUUUCAUAGAGGUCUCUCCUGGAGUGUUUUCACUAGCUUACUGUAUGAUGCAACACACACAGAGUUCUUCUCCCUCACCCCUCAGUGUGAGUUCAGUUCAUUCUGUACAGUUUAAAUAACCUCCCUUGCUGUAUAUUAUCCGUUAAACAAAUGUAUAUUAUUGAAGAUGUUCAUCUUAUUUUUACCAGUGUUCCCAAAAUAAACACUUUAAGAUCUUUA